GUCGCCUCUCCAGACUCAGCCGUUCUCUUACGCGUCCCGAUCGGCCAGGCUUGAAACCGGAACCCCACCGCACGCAGGCACCACAUCUCAGCCUUCUUCCUUCAUCUCAACAUCCCCGGCUUCACUUCUAGACUUUCGCUUUUGUUUGCUUCCCCUUCGCUCAUUCGAGUCGCUCGCUCAUUUCCCCGAUCCAUUGCCGGCCCUGGAGGUCUUUCGACAGUAGGAGCACUCGGCUCCUCAGGAAUUACGUCAAGAUGCUUCCAGACAAAUAUGUCGGACUCAUCCUAGCCAUUGUUUCGACUAUGGGAAUCGGCACGAGUUUUGUUAUUACGAAAUUGGGUUUGAAUCAUGCAUCCGAGCGACAUGGCUUCGAGGGUGAAGGAUUCUCAUAUUUGAAGAGUCCCCUGUGGUGGGCUGGUGUCUCUCUACUGGGACUCGGCGAAGUGGCCAACUUCGCGGCAUAUGCGUUUGCGCCCGCGAUUCUCGUGACGCCGUUGGGUGCGCUGAGUGUGUUGAUCGGGUCCGUUCUCGGCUCGUACUUCCUCAAGGAGAAACUCGGUGUUUUGGGGAAACUGGGGUGUGCGAUGUGCUUGUUGGGUUCGGUUAUUAUCGUUCUUCAUGCGCCUCCCGACAAGCAGGUGGAAACCGUCAAUGAGAUCCUUGGAUAUGCUGUUCAGCCAGGGUUCCUUAUCUACUGUCUGGCGGUCGCGAUCUUCUCCACGCUGAUGAUUUAUCGGGUUGCCCCAGUCUACGGCAAGAAGAACCCCCUCAUCUACAUCUCGAUUUGCUCCACUGUUGGGUCGGUUUCAGUCAUGUCUGUGAAAGCGUUCGGCAUUGCAGUCAAGUUGACAUUUGCGGGCAACAACCAAUUCGUCCAUGCCUCUACUUACGUCUUCGCCAUUGUGACCGGAUUCUGCAUUCUCACUCAGAUGAACUACUUCAACAAGGCAUUGAACUCGUUCUCCACCUCGAUUGUGAACCCGCUUUACUACGUCACCUUCACGACCGCGACUCUUUGCGCCUCGUUCAUCCUUUUCAAGGGAUUUAACACCACAGAUGCAGUCAACACGAUAUCUCUGCUCUGUGGAUUCCUCAUUAUCUUCACCGGCGUGUACCUCCUGAACCUCUCGCGACACGACCCUGACGGACACCACAUGGUGAACUCCAAGCUGGACGAGGACGGAGUGCCAACGGAUGCUAUUGCGAGCUUCCAGACCCGGCGCUCUAUGCAGUCCCGGCGAAGCUCCUCGAGCGCAUACCUGAAUGGAAACGGCGACCGUGAGGGGCUCAUCCAUGCGUACGACGUGGAGCACAACGGAAUAAGCAUGAAUGAUUUCGCAGAGGCAAGCGAUGGGGAGCCAGGGCCGACGUUCCCACGUACCGACAGGACGACUGCGAAGCAUACCAAGCAGAACAGUCAACUCUGA